AUGCCCUUCUUUGCGCCCCAGCUGCUCCCCGACCGCCAGUCGGCCCACUCGCUGCGUGCCAGCCAGUACCGCAGGAAGCGCAAGAGCAAGCACCACCACCAAGACCAAGAUCAAGACCAAGAUCAAGACCAAGACCAAGACCAAGACCAAGACCAAAACCAAGAGGCCGACCAAGAGGCCGAUCAGGACGCAAACAGCUCAGCUUCUGGUGCCGCCUUGACCUCGCCGCACUCACCACCGCCAAACACACACGGCCGCCCUUCGUUGACUGCCUCCGAGCGAGCGCAGCUACGGGUCGCAGGUCUUCUGCCCAAGGACGAGUAUCGAGUGCCUCCUCCGCCGUUUCCUCAUGCCCCUGCGAGCGUGGCCCGGCCCUAUCUGGGAGCAGCUGCGAUUCGAAAAGAGGUCGCUGGCCCACCCUCACGUCUCUUCACACUCGACAACACCUCGUCGAAACGUGACCAUGUUGCUAGCACGGCAGAGGCAAGUAAUCUGAGGCGGUCCCAUCUCAACGUCCUCUCCACGGUCAUGCACAACUGUCUGCUCCAAGCUGACUACGACCGUGCUGGCCGAGCAUGGGGCAUGAUCCUGAGAACGCAGGCCACCAGAGGCAACCUAGUGGACCUACGCAAUCACGGCCGCUGGGCCAUUGGUGCUGAGAUCCUGCUUCGUAGGAAGCCUCGACGUGCAUUACCCAGCACGCCACGCCAAGAAGAGAGUGCCGCGCACACUGACAGGGACCUCUUCAGCGAAGAGGGCUUUGAGCUCGCAAGGGAGUACUACGAGCGGCUCAUCGUCCAGCAUCCCACUCGGAAGCAAGCGCCUCACGUCGUGGACCAGAGGACCUUCUAUCCUGCCAUGUUCUCACUCUGGAUCCAGCAAGUCUACGAGAAGAGCAAGCGCGCCAGGAAACGGUGCCAAGGAGAAACCCGACGGUCGCGGAGCAUGUCAAUCGACGGCGGCCAUGCCAACGACAAGAGCUCAGACGAUGCUCCAUCUCGCGAGAAUGCAAUCCGAGUCGAGGAACUCGCCCAAGCCAUGGAGAUUGCGGAACGACUGCAUGACCUUGUCAAAUCGCCGCCGUUCGACAAGCAGGCCAGCUUACUACAGCUCCGUGGAACCAUCGCGCUCUGGAUCAGCGACCUCAUCGUCGGCAACACAGCAGCUACCAUCGUAGACGAGUGGGACGUCUACCCCAUCAGCAAGGACAUACCAGCCGCAGAGCAAAUCACAAAGUUCAACAGCUGCCAGCGGGAGCUGCACACGGCCCAAACCUACCUAGCCCGUGUGGAAGAGAACGGAGGCCCUCGGCAACACCACACGCUGCUGAGAAUCGAGAGCCGGCUGAAGGAGCUGCAGAAGCAGACCAGCAUCCUGCGCUCAGGUGGAGAGGACGACACAAACGUCCCCAUGGACGAUGAUUGGUGA